AUGAGGCACUUGCUGACUAGAUCAGCCUUCGAUCUUCGGGUUGAGCGGCCUGAGCUUGUGCACGCUAGAUCAGGAUACUGGUGUGCACUGGAUCUUGCAUUCUCAGUGGUUCUUUGCCCAGAAAAUGAGCAGGCUCAGAGAGUGAAUGGACACGUCGAAACAUCAAAUGGGAAUUUACAGGAGCAAGUCCUCGCCUGCGAACAACUAGGCCCGGAAGCUGUUUUCGACUUCUUUGAGAAAUGCAUUGAGCUAGCUUCGACAGACGGCCGCAAGGGGGUACUGAGAUUCAUUCUGCCUCGAGAAGAAGGUUACCUCGUACGGACCGAUCUUCUCAAUUUUCGACUGAUUGACUGUGACCACGUGGUGGACCACAUCAGCGAUUUUGGUGCACAUGAACGCAUUUUCACUCCAGUUGCGGCUACUCCAAACUCCAUUGGAGGCCUCGUCGAGCUGGUUGUGGGAUCGAUCGGAGCUCUCUGUGUGCUAGACGGUACCAGCCUUCUUCGCGAGGAGAAGCUACGUCUCUUGGACGCAGAGCUUGAGAAACGAAUUUCAUUUCCCUGGACAUCGAAAAUCCAACCCAGACGAAAGACACUUGUCCUUUUUGAAGGUCGACCAGACAGGGAGUAUGGUCGACAGAUGUACACCGCAGCAGUGGCACUCAAUAUUGACAUUGUUGUGCUUGAUCGCCCUGGUCACUGGAUUGAAGGGCCGAAAUACGCCCACUGGCGAAAGGUAUUCAUACCCAUUGACAUUAUGCCCGAUACCGGGCUUACCGCUCGGAUAGUGGAUGCUGUUCGGAGCUAUGGACAGCCUGUCGAUGGUAUAGUCUGCUUCGCGGAUCCGAUGCUAGUAUCCGUUGCUGAAGCUGCGAAACAGCUGGGUCUCUCCAUGGCAUCACCCGAGGCAUUUGGCAUCUGCACGGACAAGUACAAAUCUCGCACCGCAGCUGGAAUGCCCGCGCUUCGGGUGUCCUCCGUCGAGGCCGUCGACCGCAUCGAUAUUAACGACAACUUCCGAUUUCCUCUCAUUGUGAAACCAAUACUGGGCUGGAACUCUGAGGGAACAUGCAAAGUGGCUGACUUGCAAGAGCUGAAGGCCGCCAUGCAGUCAUUCAAUGCAUCGUUGCGUAGCACUUCUGUGGUGAUUGAAAACUACUGCGACGGACCAGAAGUCAACGCCAAUUUAAUCAUCGCUGAUGGGGACCUCGUGUUCUACGAGGUCAAUGAUGACUUCCCCAAAUCAGGGGACAUGGCUUUGGCAGAAAGUCAUGGCGCUUCAAAUGCUGAGGUCAAUUUCCUGGAGAACGUCACAGCUUUUCCAUCGGCACUACCCAAGUCUGAACAGGACAUGGUCGUGCGCGACCUGCACAAACUUCUCUUGCGUAUUGGCUUCACCACUGGCGUAUUCCAUAUGGAAUCCCGGAUCCAGAACUCGAGCAUGGAAUACAAGGUAGGACCAAAUGGACUUUUGGAUCUCUCAACUCGUCAGAUCGAGGACUCAACCAACCCGAAGCCCACGAAUUUCCUCAUUGAAAUCAACGCACGGCCUCCGGGUCCGCAUGAUUCCCUCCCUUGCACCUUAGCAUACGGUAUUGAUUUACCAGCGGCAUCGAUUCUCUUUGCUGUUGGCGAAACGGAGAGAGCAAGACAGCUGAUGUAUCCUUUCUCGGGCGAGCCGCAGGUUUGGUAUGAAGAAUGGCUGUGUGCGGCACCUCACGGGGGGGAUUUUCCAAUCGGACGAUGUCUGCGUCGAGCUGCUGGAGCGAUGUCCUGA